AUGGGACGUACUGUCCCAAUGGUGGCGACGGGUUUGGAGGCUGUGGUAUCGGGUCUUGUAGGGAGUUACAUGCCGAUCUGGUUUCAUGAUGAAGCGGAUAUUCAGUUUGAAGUAACUCCGCGGAUCGACAGUUCAGGGAGACUGCGGUGUUAA